GUAGGAAGACACAGUGAGGGUGUGUGCAGCCCUGAGCCACAAAGAUAGAAGCAGAUAGGAAGGGUGUGUGGCUGCGACAGACACAGGUCGGUCAAAUGAACUGAAACCAAACUGGAGGAAGAAGCAUGUUGUGCAACAGUAAUUGCAUCCAGAUAAACAGCUGAAGGGGAACUUCACACUAUUUCUGUGAGCUGGAGGUGGAAUGAGAAAGUAAAAGGUCUGAAAUAAACACUGUUUGAGUGUGAGACAGGCAGUGCUGAAGGAAAGAGAGGGAGGAGAAGAGGCUGUUUUCACUCUGUGCUGAGCUUGUUACUGAUCUGACUGAAAGUUUCCUGUGUCAGCACCAUGGGAAAAUCAGCCUCAAAGCAGUUUUCCGAGGAGGUGCUGCGCUGCCAUAACGAGUACAGGAAGAAGCACCAGGCUCCUCCACUGAAGCUGAGCAGCAAGUUGAGCAGAGAGGCCGCCCGUUAUGCUGAAAGUCUGGCCAGCACACGAAUCCUGAAACACAGUGUGGAGUCCAGCAGAGGGAGCUGUGGAGAGAACCUAGCGUGGGCCUCCUACGACCAAACAGGGAAGGAUGUGGCCGACCGCUGGUAUGAUGAAGUGAAACAGUACAAAUUCAACCGUCCUGGAUUCUCAUCCGGCACUGGCCAUUUCACAGCGAUGGUGUGGAAGAGCAGUAAAGAGCUGGGGGUCGGUAAGGCCAUCGCUUCUGAUGGUUCCUCCUUUGUGGUGGCCAGAUACUCCCCAGCUGGGAACAUCACCAACCAGGGACACUUUGAGAAUAAUGUCCUCCCGCCUAAAAGCACCUCCUAGAGAGGUAUGGAGCCCUUGACUCAUGGCCAAAGGCAUUUAUUUUAUCCUCCGGGAGAGAAGUUGUCCGCCUGCACUGCUAGACACUGGAGAAUACUCAGGAGAGCACCACUUCUUGCCAUGUAGAGAACCAUACUGUUACCCUGUGCUGGUUUGUAAGAAUGAAAAGCACUCAGGCUUUAUGUUUGCAGUUUGAAAAGGGGGCCUGUGUUUGAUUCAGUGUUUAAAAUAAAGAAUUGCUGAUCUUUGACAUCGCUAACAAAACAUUUCCAGUAUUUCCUUCAUUAAUGCCAACAGCUUUUCUGUAAUUUCACACACUGAAAUACAAGAUUCCUUCACAUCUGUUUUCUUGUAAGAGUGGGAGCUAAUUCCGUUAAAUGGACAGAUGAUACACAUUAACACAUAGUCAUUGCUUUUUGUUUGAAGCCGAUGACUCAACAUGCUCGGUAUGUUCGAGUUUUUUCCAGUCCCAUGUCUACGUCUUGUACUCUAAUCAGUUUUGUACAAUAAAGUUGAUGGAUUGACAGAAAUGCAUUUGGCAUCUGUC